UUUAACACCUCUUUAGCUUUCCCAAUGACUCAGGAUCCAGAAAUGUCAUCCAGAUACGAUUUUUCGAGAUUGUUCGUUUUUAACUUGCGAGUACUUCUGUAUACCUGAAAACAAAAAGAUGAAAAUUGCACUAGAUUUAGACCAACAAUUCUGGAUUCUGACGGUGUUUUUACUUUUACUCUGAGGAAAACGGUUCAAAAAAUAUGAGCUUUUGUUUGAGCCAAAUGCAGGUCCAUAUAUUUUCAAUGACAAAGAAGAACGCAGACCUGCGUCUCACUCUGUUUGCUCGUUGCCAUGACAACUCUGGAACAUUCCUUUCAUAUGAUGCAAUUUUAUGAUCAAAGACCCUGACACCUUUGUGAUGUCAUCGUAAUACCAACAACCGUGACAUCACUGUGAUGUCAUGGCCUGUUAUUCAAGGGAGGUGAUGACGUACCACAUCACUGUGAUGUCAUGGUCUUUGAUCAGAAACUUAUAAAUAGCGGCUGCACGGCUGAAAUUCAUUUGUCAGCGACUCCCAGCGGUGUAGAGCCACUCAGAGCCCUUGUUCAGGAUCACAUCUGCGAAUAUUGACGCCCUUUUAACGAAGAGCACGCAAUAGUUCACAUUUCAUCUCUGAAGCAAUGGCUUAUUACGGCGGACGCAAACAGAACUUUCGGCAGAACCACGGUGUCGGAGCCCCCAAACGUGCUCCCAGACAUUAUACUCAGGGACACAACGAUCCCAAUCCAUCCGGGUAUAAUCCACCAGUGCAGCCACAGGAGGAUUUCCCUCAAGAAAACCCAACUGAGAGGCAGAACCUCGCCCAUCCAGACUCGAUCAUCUCCGAGCUCAGAGAUCAGAUCAGACGGGCGCAGGAAGAGAAAACCUGGCUGAUCCAACUGACAGCAGCGGACGCCGAAAAGAUGCAGACGGCAGAAGCAGCCCGCAGAUUGGAACGUCAGAAACUGCAGGAAAAGAUCAACAACCUGCAGAAACACAACCAACAACUCCGUGGUCAAAACCAAGAUCUGAUCAAAAAACAUCAAAUGUUCUCUUCUGACCAAACAUCUUUUAAUGCAACCAAAGAAAAGCUGCAAAAGAUGCGGAAAGAAGUUCAGACUCUCCGAGAUGAAAGAAAGCAGGAUCAAAAGGUGCAUUUGAUGAAGAAAUUAGUUGAUGAGAGCCAGAGACAGAUAGAAAAGUAUAAAGAUAUAAACUCCACGCUGAUUCUGAAAGUCCAACACUUCCAAAAUGAGAACCAUCAACUGAAGACACAGCUGCAAGCAGCUCCCCAGAAUCUAACCCACACACAGCUGGCAGACAUGGAGGAGCUCAGAAAAACGCAUGAAACUUGUGAAUCCGUCACACAAAAGUUUAAAGAGGGAAACAGUAAGCUGACUCUGGAAGUGCAGGAGCUUAGAAAAGAAAACAAGCAGCUAAAGAAGAUGCUCCAACAAGCUUCCCAACUACAAAACAUCAUUCCUCAAAUGAGCAAGCAGAUCCAGCUCACUGAAAACGAGAGGAUCCGGUUGAGCAACCAGCUGUUUGAGGAGAUCAAAACCUCAGAGAAGCUGAAAGAAAGUCUCUUUUACCUGGAAGAUCAUGUGGAUGAACUGAAGGACAAGAUCAGACAGUUAGAAGAGAAUACAAACCAAUGCUUGAACAUGGAGGAAGAUGAUGUGAUAGUAGAAGAUGAAUGGAUAGAAGAAGAUGAAUGUUUGAACAUCAACGAUUAUGAUGUGAUAAUAGAAGAUGAAUGGAUAGAAGAAGAUGAAUGUUUGAACGUGAACGAUUAUGAUGUGAUAAUAGAAGAUGAAUGGAUAGAAGAAGAUGAAGUGAUGGAGAAAGACGAAGUGAGGGAGGAAAAUGAAGUGAUGGAGGAAAAUGUAGUGAUGGAGGAAAAGGUGGACAUGGAAGAUGAAAAAACUGUGCUGGUCUUUGAGGAAACAGACAAACAGUUUGAGGAAAGAGAAACUCAAAUUGAGAACGUAGUCAAAGACUUUGAAGCACAGCUGCAAAAUAUCCAAGAGGAUAUUCCAAAGAAACCCAAGAAAGAGAAAAAACAGGAUAAGAAAAAGGCAAAGAAAAGAGAAAAAAAUAAGAAAAAGGCGGAAAAAGUCAAAGAGCCUAAAGAAAAACAUGUGAAGAGCUCCGCCUUUGUACAUUUUUUUCGCAGGUUGUUUUGCUUAAAGAAGUAAAAACCUGAAAUAUUUUUGUGUUCUUAAGACUAGCAUAUGUGGCCCGUGUGGUCUUUAUUUUAGUAAUUUUACCAAAAUCUUAUUUUCUAUCUUUAUAUUUUUAAUCUGAGAAAGUUCUGGGCACAGACAUUUAUUUUGGUAGUUGCGCUACUUCCUGUCUGCUCGCGGCAUUCCCUUCAGUCUCUGGGGGAACGGCCGAGAGGAGGUUGUGCAGACAGUGAGACCAGAAGGGAUUUUGUUUGUGUGCUGUAUGUGUUUUCAUAGGUAUGUGAGCAUUUAUUUUGAUUAUAAAUAUUUUAUUAUCCUUUGCUUUUUCUUAUUUUAUUCGUAUUUACUUUCAGUAUAUUGUAAUGUACAGUUUUGUUAUUCACUUCAAUAUUUUGUGAUUUAAAAAAAUAUAAAAAUGCCAUUUGCUGAAAAAAAAUGUUAAAAGACUUUAAACUAUAUGAUCACGCUGUAAAUUUUAUUUAAUGUAAUUUUUAAGUAUGUACAAUUCAGUCUCUGGGGGAACGGCCGAGAGGAGGUUGUGCAGACAGUGAGACCAGAAGUGUUUUUUUGUGUGCUGUAUGUGUUUUCACAGUAAACCUUCAGUUUUUGUGGCAAUCCCUGUGUGAGACUCAUUUCUUAAAAACACAAUGCAGACGAAUCUGGCCGGUGCUGUCCCGCAGCAAGAGAGCGACCGGCUACACAUACAAAAAAACAACAACAAAAAAAAACGCGUGUAGAAACACAAUGACAGGAAACGUGUACAGAAACACACGUGCUAAAAAGACAAGCCUGUUCUUUUUUUAUUCCCAUUUUUAGACUUUAGUUAUUUAUUUUUUACUUUCCUUUUUAUUAUAAUUUUUCUCUUUUGGCAUUACUAGUUACGCUUAAAACAGCCUGAUAUCAAAGAUACCGAUCAAAUAUUAAAAAGACUCUUACCAUAGUUCUACCUGCUUUAACAGCUUCUAGUACCACCGUCACCCAAAACCUGCAGCAGUUCUGGCUGAGAGCUUAGCUCUGAAAGAGAACGCCUCCAAGUGCACAUGAUAAGCUCACAUUGCUACUUUGAGGCGCCCUCUUCAGGCUCCAGCCAGAACUGCUGCAGAAGAAGUCCCUGCUCCAGAGAAAGCAAGGACAAAAC